AUGCUAGCACUAUCAAGGAUAUUGGCGCGCCGGCUCUACCAUCCAAGUGCGCUUGAGCAUCAAUUGGCCCACAGCUUCGCGCCUCUGACCUACGGACCUGGCUCAACGCAGUUCAAAGUGCUGGAGCACGCCCUGAAUAAGCAUGUGCCUUCGUACGGGUUCAACGAGCGAGCGCUCGUGGCGUCGCUCAACGACCUCGACCUGGGCCCCUCGCUACUUUCCGUCAUUGGGGCGUCCAACUCGCCAUCUUUCCUGAACGCGUCCCCCGCCGUGCUCGAGCUGAUCAAGUUCCACCUUGUGACCAAGAGGUACGCUUUGACGAAGGAGCUCGACCCGGCUCGCACGUCCUCGCCCGCGGAGCCACCCGCGCUUGAGACGCUGUUUCACCGCCGCCUCGAGCUGAACAAGCCCAUUGCGCCGCAUCUGACCCAGCUCCUGUCUUCGUUGUCGAUUCCUGGCGAGUUCUUGGUGCAAACCGCUCUACCGGAGCUCCACAGACUCUCCGACGACAUGGUGUACUUCUCAAAGGAGCCUGACGCGAACGAUUUUGCCUGGUACUCCAAGCGCAUCGCUCUGUCGUGUGCUUUCGUCAGCAGCGAGCUCUUCAUGGCCCAGGAUAGGUCUGCCAACUAUGCGGAUACGUUCGAGUUUGCCGCUGAAAAGCUCCACAACGUCUCCAAGCUUGGCCAGUACUAUAACAACACUGAAGAGUACAUGUGGUACACGCUUCUGAUGAGCGUGAACCUGGCCAAGUCUCAGCUUACUAGAAGCUAG